AUGGCAAGGCAGAAUUCUUAUGAUCAGCGGAAAUGGCGUCCAAAGCAGGUCGCCGUGGGACGAAGCGUAAAGCGGAAGUCCUUGGAGAAACCGUCCGUGGAGGAGGACAGAGGACAGGACAAGAAGGACGACCAGGAGACACAAAGGGUGGUCAUUGAACACUGUAAGAGCUGACGAGUGUACGGGCGUAAUGCCGAGGAGGUGAAUCUGCCCUCCUGGCUGCCCACCCUGGACUGACUGUGGUCCUCAACCCCUGAGAAACCUCGCCGGAACAGCUUCGAGAUCACUCUGCUG